AUGAUGCCAACAGAGAAAGUCGACGUGGUCUACCCUUCGGGUGUCAGGCUUAUGCUGCUCAUGACAUCCGUCUUUAUUGGCAUGUUUCUAGUAGCACUGGACAAACUUAUUAUCUCGACCGCCAUCCCCGUCAUCACCAACGAGUUCCAUUCGGCCAACGAUAUUGGCUGGUAUGGCACGGCCUAUCUUCUCACCAACUGCGCCUUCUUGCUUGUGUUUGGAAAGAUGUAUACAUUUCUGGACGUCAAGGCUACUUUCAUGGCAGCCGCCGUGUUGUUCGAGGUGGGCUCCGCCAUCUGUGGCGCGGCACCCAACUCGAUCGCCUUCAUCAUCGGUAGGGCCAUUGCGGGCCUGGGCGCCGGGGGUAUACAGUCCGGGGUUCUUGUGAUAAUCGUCUAUGCCGUCCCACUCCAGAAACGGCCCAUGUAUCAAGGCCUCUUUGGAGCCGUGUAUGGGAUCUCCUCCAUAAUCGGCCCACUGGUCGGUGGUGCUUUCGCCACAAACGUUACUUGGAGAUGGUGUUUCUAUCUCAAUCUUCCCUUGGGGGGCGUGGUGCUGGUGUGUGUCUUCUUUCUGCUUCACAUCCCUGAGCGUUCCACCACGGCAGACACCUUGCGCCAAAAGCUACAACAGCUCAACAUCGAGGGACUAUUGGCUCUCCUUCCUGGUGUGGUUUGUCUCUGCCUGGCACUCCAAUGGGGAGGGUUCACCUUAGAUUGGAGCAACGGCAAGAUCAUUACAUUGCUUAUCGUCUCUUUCACGCUGUUGAUCGCCUUCAUCUUGAUCCAAAUAUGGAAACCGGCACAGGCAACGGUGCCACCACACAUAUUCAUCCAGCGAAGCAUCGCCGGUGGGUUCUGGGUGAGCUGCUGCGUCGGAGCACACCAGACACUGCUCAUUUAUUUCCUACCUAUCUGGUUCCAGGCAGUCAAAGGUGAUUCGGCCGUCGAAAGCGGCAUCCACCUCUUGCCUAUGGUGCUCUCGCUUGUUGUUGCGUCGAUCCUCACGGGAGUGCUGACCACCCGUGUCGGAUACUACAUGCCAUUCUUGAUCUUGGGCAUCUGCAUCGCCGCUAUUGGUGCUGGAGUUCUCGCUUGCCUUCACGUCGACGCAUCGGCGGGUCAAUGGAUCGGAUACCAGGUCUUGUACGGCUUCGGUCUGGGCGCUUGUUUCCAGGCGCCUAACAUGGCUGCGCAGACGGUGUUACCUCGGAAUGAGGUCUCCAUCGGGGCUUCGCUCAUGCUUUUCGCCCAGACGCUCUUUGGCGCCAUCUUCGUGUCUGUCGGUCAGAACGUUCUUAAUGGCGAGCUAGCUAAGCGCCUUGCCAAGUUCUCGAGUAUCAUUCCUCAGCAGAUCGAAUCUGCUGGGGUGACCGGUCUCUUUGAGAUGAUCCCGGACAAGUAUCAUGGGGCAGCUCUGCAGGCCUACAAUAGCUCGUUAAGUGUCUGUUUCCGGGUCGCGCUCAUAAUGGCCUGUCUUGCCAUUCUCGGUGGUCUUGCUAUGGAAUGGCGCAGCGUCAAAAAAGAAGUGAGGGAAGAGAUUGAUGAUGGCGUCGAAAUGAGGACUGUUGAAGCAUAA